AUGGACGAUGACGAACUUCUAUUAGACGAUCACAAUGUUAGUGAACCUUGUGUUGAAGAUGUUAAUCAACAAUCUAUUGAAUCAUUUCGUGAAUGGUUUCUAUGGUCUUAUUUAAAUGUACUUUUUGGUAGUGUUAUUUUAGGUUUAAUAGCUAUUGGAUGUUCUUUUCGAACACAUAAAUUUAAACAACGACAGAAUUAUUCAAAAGCAUAUAAAUGGUCUUAUGUUACAUUGUUUGUUAAUUGUAUAGCAACGUUAAGUGGCUCAGUUCUUAUCGGAUAUCUUAUAUUUACUUAUUUUAGAAAUAUAUCAAAGGAAGAAAUGCAAUUUAUGAAAUACAAACUUACUACUACUCAUAAACUAAAUGAAUUUGAUAAAGCUACUGUACCUUGCACUCUUAAAGAUUAUGGAUGUUCAAGCUUAGUAACUGACAAAACAAUUGUGAAAUAA